AUGGAUUUUAGAAGACUAAAAGUGACGAGUAGGGGUGUCAAACCGUUGUUUCUUUUGUUGCGGACUUGCAAAGUGUAUUUGUGUUUUUUUAUAGUGUUGUGUCAAGGUUUUUGUGUUUGUGGUUAUCGUGAACAGAAGUUUGCAAUGGAGCCGCAGGAUCAGACUGCAGUUAUAGGCUCACGAGUGACAUUACCCUGCCGAGUUGAGAACAAGACUGGUCAGCUACAAUGGACGAAGGACGACUUCGGGCUGGGGCUCCACCGCGAUUUGAGCGGCUAUGACCGGUACAAGAUGAUCGGGAGUGACGAAGAAGGCGAUUACUCUUUGGACAUAAGAGAUGUUACUUUGGACGACGACGCCAAAUACCAGUGCCAAGUCAGCUCUGGGUCAAAAGGUGAACCAGCCAUUAGGUCACGAUACGCCCGCCUAACCGUCCUGGUACCACCAGAAGCGCCGAAAAUUGUCCAAGGGAGUUUCUUCUCUAUUCAAGAGGACAGAAUGGUGAAAUUGGAAUGCAUAUCAGCAGGAGGAAAACCGCCAGCCGAAAUAACGUGGGUGGACAGCAAUGGCGGCGUUCUGACGCAGGGAGUGACAUACACGGUGGAGCCUUGGUCUGACGGGCAGAGAUUCACAGCCACGUCAAUAUUGAAGUUUCUGUCGAGAAAAGAACACAACAACCAGACAUUCACUUGUCAGGCGCAGAACACAGCUGACAGGGCGUACAGAGCUGCCAGCAUAGUCAUUGAGGUCAACUACGCACCAAAGAUAAACAUCACCGUCAAUGACCAACCUAAAGGGAAAAAGGCGCAUGUCCCUGAAGGACAAGAUGCUGUUUUAGGAUGCAUAGCGGAUGGCAAUCCAGCAAAUAUGUCAUACAGAUGGUUUAUCAAUGAGAUUGGCGUCCCUGGAAACGGUACUCAAUAUGUAAUUUAUAAUGUAACAAGAAGUCAUCAUGAGACCAUCAUCAAAUGCAAAGUCCACAAUGCGAUCGGAACAACUUUUGAAACUGUCACUUUGCAAGUGUCGUAUGCGCCAACAUUUCGGAACCCGCCUAAAGACGUCGAAGCAGAAAUUGGAACACCAAUAACCCUGAGCUGUGACGUGGACAGCUACCCUGAGCCGGAGGUGGAGUGGUUCCAUUACGAGGAAGAUCAGAAUAUUCGUAUCGGCAAAACAAUGAACCUAACUCUAACAGCUGACACUCACACAUCUGGACGAUACUUGUGCAAAGCAUUCGUUCAGGGAUACCCAGUCAUUCAGGCAGAGGCUUCGGUAUUUAUAAAAGGUCCACCAAAAAUACUGUCUAACAACACACAGUUUGGCACCCAAGGGGAUACAGUGAACAUUGAAUGUGCAGCCUUCUCCAUACCCAGGAUAGAUAGCAUCGUCUGGACUUUCGAAGGAAGAGAAAUUGAUACUAUACACGAUCAGGACUACGCUUUCCUCGAGGACCUACAAGCGGGGGGUGUGGUCAACUCCACUCUGAUUAUACGGGAGAGCCAAUCGAGACACUUCGGGAGAUACAAGUGUAACGUAUCCAAUGACUUCGGAAGUGAUUCUAUGGAGAUCCUGUUGAAGGCUAACAAAACGUUCCCGCUCCUUUUGAUUCUAUUCGGAGUGACAUCUGGAACCAUUAUGGUGGCGGCUCUGAUAAUGUUAGUGAUACUAUGUCAGAGGAAGCAGAGGAAGAACAAGCAGACGCAAGUGACUGAGAAACCAGACGUGACUGUUACAGCCGAGGAAUUGUUCAAAGAUAACGAUAGGAAUUCGAACAUAAGUGAUUUGAAACUCGAACUGAGACAAGCGAAUGGGAGUUGUGAAAUUGACUACUCCAACACCGGUUCAGAUAGCACUCUCUGCUCCAACGCCAAACUAGGAACAGUGCCGGCGGUAGGCGCUCCUCUCGGCGUGGCUCAAAACUAUCCUUACAGAUAUAGCAACGACUACACUGAUCCCGCCUACGCUGACUGUUAUAAGGUAAAUGGAUAUGGUAAUGGUUACCAAACGUAUGUUCAUUAUGCCCACGAUUACACUCCUGGAUCGCUACGAGUGACGUCACCUACACUUGGUGGUGAUAAAAUGACGCCAAAUCGGUCUGUCAAUGGUAGCUUACCAAGAAGCAUAGAUACACCUUCAACUGUACAGUUCAAUCCAAACAGUGGGUCCCAAAAUAACUCCUUGCAGAGGUCCGGCAAAAGACAGGACAGUUCCAGCGCUUUAAAUAGUAUAGGGCUACCAAACCCGGAGGUGAACAGAAUUCCCAAUGGUGGAUUAAUACACGGCGUGGAUGUCAGAUACGCCGCUACUUAUGGAAACCCGCACUUAAGGACAGGAGGGGGGUUAGGUUUCGCUAAUACUGUAAAUACUGCAAAACCUGCGUCGACUCCUGCGCCGCCUCCGUAUUCAUCUGUUAGAACUUCUGUGGUGUUACCUUCUGGUAACUCAUCACAUUCCAUCACAUCACCAACGAGCCUUGCUUCUCCUCUUUGUACUACAAGUCCAAUUACUACGUCAACUAUGUCGACAGACAGCACGCAGCCUGCGGUCGGUGUUGCCACAUCGUCUGGAACUCCCCAAUCACCUAGUGCUCAUUAUAUAUUAGCGCCAUCCACUAGAACCAUUAGUAAUGCUACGGUUACAAAGAAAGGUAAUGGCCAUCAGCCGCCCUUAGCGACCCACGUUUAA